UGCCGCUUUUCUCGGUUUCAGGAGGAGGGCGCGUCGCCGAGGUCCGACGUCUGCGCCAACGAGAGCGACGCCGAGAGCAGCGACGGCGACUCUCCCGUCGUCCCUAAGGAUCCUCUCAAGAACAAUCACUCGGGAAAUGUGCCUUCGUUCUCUGCAGGGAUUAUGUACCAGGUGCCUCAGAGUGUCAUUUAUUCGCCCAGUCCAGGGGUCUUGCUCGGCAUAGGACAAAACGGGCAACCGGUGCAAAUAUCUCAAGACGGAGGUACAGUAGCACCGGUAGCGAACUCGUCGCAAUCGAACCAGCCGUUCAUCACGAUACCUCUGAGCGUCGCGAUGAGCGCGGCGGGAUUGUCUUUACCGGUGACCUCCAGGAUGACCUCCAGGUCGCCGACGACGACGUUGACGACGACGACGGCGGCGGCAGCGGCGGCGAUGUCCAGCUGCGGCGACUUGCCUUCCGACCUGAGCAAAGAUCGGAAAUGACGGCGAAAUUUUGCGACGAGCGGAGUCUCCGACGACGACGACGAAAGUGGCAGUUAAGCCUCCGCUUUCUCGCUCGCCACGGACGGAAAUUCGUCGUGCGAAUUUGUCGGACGAGUCGCGGAAGCGGAUUCUCGCGCGGAUAUCUCCGGACUUGUGAUACUUCCAUGUCCGGGAUAACAGCGGGGCGAGUGAUCCAGGUUUUUUUUCGAGCGGAUUAUACGAGCGACUAUGACCCCAUCGUAAUGUGGGAUUCUUCGCCCCCCUUCGUGCUCUCGUUCUCGGGAAUGAAUGUUUACGUGCUUUUGUACGAGAUAAACUAGACGAACCUAGGACCUGCUAGUAAUCAUUCACUUUUCGGUUGAUAGAGAACAUAGACAUGAACGUGAAAUUAAAUUAAUAAUGGAACGAGAAUACGGUUUCUAAAGAUGGGGCGAUCGAACAAUAAACUUCUUAUCCUAAACAAAUAUCCUAUUUACGGAAUACGAUGAUUGUAGAUUGAUCAAAGAUUUUUAUUUGAAUGAUGAACUGGAUAUCUUAAAGUAUAAGCCAUUGCGUGAUAAACUCGUCAAUUGUGACUGUUCGAUAUUUUUAAACGUUAGUAAAACUUUAAUAAUAAAACUCUAAAACACUGUUUUGCCUAGAAAAUAAAAAACGACCGAGAUUUCACCUUUUCUCGAUUCAUAUUAUUUCAUAUCUUAUUUCGUAAACUUUUAAAUUUUAUUCUUUGAGAUUUCUGCAGGGUUUUUUUACACGACGUUCUACCUUUUGUACCUUCCUAAAUAUAUACGGCAUAAAUCUUGUUUAAUUAAUUAUUAAAAAAACAAGAUUAAAAAUAUACAUCCUUCUAAAAAUCUGCAUAACUUCAGCGUUAGAUGCCCGAGUCGCAUAUAUAUCUGGCGAGUAUCCAGAUACGUAUAGCAAAUGGACAGUUCGGUCAAUACGCGUAUUCGGAUAUUCUCGUCGAUAGUACCGCGGAAUAGACUUGAGAACUUCUCUCCUCGUGUGCGAUAUAUAUAUAUAUAAAAAGAUACAUUACAUAUAUCGAUGAUAUUCCGCCACCCUCGUGUGCUUACUAUCGUAAUAUGCCUAAUCUGAAUCGUAUUAUAAAUACCCGAAUAAAUCGGAACAAAAAAUAAACUCUAGACGGACCUCAGUAGCGUAUUCCGAGAAUACUCACUGCCAAUUAUGAGACUGACAUCGCAUACGAAUGCAAUACGUAUCCCGUUUAGGCAGUCGCGUGGAGCGUUUGAUUUUGAUUAUAUCGAACGAUCAUUUUGUCGAAUUAUUUCAAAUUAUUUUUAUGAGAGUUGAUUUAUUCAUGCAUCCGAUUCGAUUUUAUUAAAAAAGCGUGGCACAUGAUUAUCAAAAAUAAAUUACACAUGAUCAGAUUUUUAUACCACGUUUUUUAAUGCUCUUUAUAAUAAAUAAAUAAAUGGAAACAGAUGAUGCUUCUUCGAUACUUCAUUGUGGGUGUCUCUAUGAACUUCUGCAUUCUGAAAAUAAAUUCACUUUGUAAUUAUCGCGGCAUUGUUACUUAUCAGUAUAAUAUAAUAAUUAAUAAUCUGAAA